CAACCCUCCAAAUAUAUUUCGACAGAAGGCGGGAUAACCAGUUCAAAUCAGGCGAAAGACUCGUUUGAAUUACCGUCUCGCAGGAUUUUGGUUCUUGCCUCUAAAGGAUAAAAAUGGCUGGCGGCAAAGCUGGAAAGGACUCUGGAAAGGCGAGGACAAAGGCCGUUUCGCGCUCACAGAGAGCCGGUCUCCAGUUCCCGGUGGGUCGUAUCCACAGACACCUGAAGUCCAGAACGACCAGCCACGGCAGGGUCGGAGCCACGGCAGCGGUCUACAGCGCGGCUAUCCUCGAAUACCUGACGGCCGAGGUGCUUGAGUUGGCAGGAAACGCGUCCAAGGAUCUGAAGGUGAAGCGUAUCACCCCUCGCCACUUGCAGCUCGCCAUCCGAGGAGACGAGGAGUUGGACUCUCUCAUCAAGGCGACCAUCGCCGGAGGAGGUGUCAUCCCUCACAUCCACAAGUCUCUGAUCGGCAAGAAGGGCCAGCAGAAGACGGUAUAACUCCCCACGGCCCGUCUCCUCUCCGCGAUAUCCGCAUCCAUGUCCAAGUCACGCUCUCUCUCUCAGGACUCAAGCGUGUGUUCCAACAACCUGGCUCAGUGCUGAACCUGGUUAAGUUAACAUUGAGUUAAGUGGUCAAUCGUCUUAAUUCAAGAGCCCAAGUCAUCAUUUGCUUAACGAAAUGACGCAUGACACUGUGUGGCCCCUCUAUCUAUUUUCAACUUCGGGCUUCCAUGAAACGUUGGGGGCCCACCUAUGACACAAUGAAAGAGUACAGUUCAAAUGGUCAGCAGUGACUCAUUGUUUUUAUUUUUAGAAACCGAUUUUAAGACCCUCAUACUUUUCAGGGCUCACAGUUUGAGAAUCACUGAUUCGAUAGAAGAGACUUAAGUUCUCUUCUUAAAGGGGUAUGCCACUAUUUUGGAGCUUAAUACAGUUAAAAUCGUUGGCUGGGGUUUAUAAAGGUGGUAACGCGUCUUAUUUUUCAUGUUAAGUGUUGUCUUGCUUUAAGACAAGUUAAAAGAGGGAAUAUGUCGCUAAGCUAGUGAAAGUCAAUGGAUCCGUGUAGCAUUGUAAACCACUUUAUAAACCCCAGCCAAUGAUUUUAACUGUAUUAAGCUCCAAAAUAGUGGCAUACCCCUUUAACUCAAUGACACCUGUGGGCUAUUUAUUAGCAGGUUCGCCACUUCAUGUUAGGUUAACUAAGUCAGGUUCACCACUUGUCCAAGUUCUUGGAAUACCAGGACGGUGUGAGCUGGACGUGGUGGAUCUCUCUCCUUUUUUGUAUUUCUUGUUUUGGCUUUUAUUGUCUGGUUGUGUAGCCGUGUAGUGUCCCCUGUACUCCCCCCAUAGAGGUAGAAAAUAACACUAGAGUGGACAUGGCCAUUCACGACAGCACUGGGAAGUGGCACAUGGCGCCUCCCAUUGUCUGUAGGUAGUGUAGGCACCUUCAGUCAAUUCAAGUCAAUGGAGAACACGCCCACCUCUGUUAAAAAAUGGACUAAAACUGUGUGAAUAUGAAGUAACCCAUUAAUCAAAGACCAGAUUUGAAAUGUCAGGAUAAAUAUCUACUUAAAUCAUAUGAGUUGAUGAAAUACAUCUAAAAAUCAAAUUAUAUUAAUUCUGUACAUAUUUAGCAACACACUUCAACUAUUGUCCUUGUAGAGUGUGUUGAUGGACAUUUUCACAUUAUUAAGUCAUUUUUUGACAGCGGUGAGCCUCCCUCUCCAUUCAUUUUCAUUUAUCAGACCUACCCACAGAUAAUGGCCGCCACAGAUUGCCAUCAGAAGGGGGGCGGGGUCACCUCUAGUGUUAUUUUCUACCUCUAUGAUUCCCCCUCUUCCCAUCUUGAAUUUGACUUGUACUAUGCCCAUUGCCCUUCGCUUUUUGCAUUUACUCGUUCCUGCCUGGGGUGGUUUUUAAAACAUGGCUUCAAAGAAGCUGGUUUUGUUUUUAUUAAUUUUUUCCUUGUUUAAUUUUGUAAAUGUUUUUUUUGGUACUGUAGUAGGUCAUUGUAAUCCUUUUUUGGUCUGUGUACAUUUUAUUUGGCAUAAGACUUUAUCCAUUUGGGUCUUGAGUUUAUGUGAAUAAAGCUCAAAAUUACACUGCC